AUGGAUUCUCCUCCAGCAAAAGCCUGCGUGGAUGAUGGGUUAACAAGGAGCUAUAGUGCAGCUACAGAGGGCUACACUAUUCCCCUCGAGCCUGUAAUAUCCAAACUACCCAGUAUCUUAAAUCCCCCCGAAUUUGAGAUAUACUGGGACCCCCAAGAUACCCAGAAUCCCCGUCUAUGGCCCCUGUGGUACAAAAGCCUCACAGUGAUGACCAUGAGUCUCGGCGCUACAGUCGUAAGUCUCUUCAGCACGUUAUACACAUCGGGGAUCCCAGGGCUGCAAGAUGAAUUCCAUAUAUCCAAGAGUGUGGCCCUCCUGGGCGUCACCACAUACCUCCUCGGCAUGGCGGCGGGAACGGUUAUAUUUGCGCCGCUGAGUGAAGUCGUGGGUCGACGGCCUGUUUAUAUUGUCUCCAUGGCAAUAUUCCUCGUACUGAUACUGCCGAGUGCCUUAGCGUCCAACAUUGAGUCAAUUCUCGUGAGCAGGUUCUUUGGGGGUUUUUUCGGAAGUGCAAUGAUGUCCAACUCUCCCGCCUCUGUCAAUGAUAUUGUCUCCGAUGAGUACCGCGCUCUGGCUUUUGGCUUCUGGUCGAUUGGACCUACUAAUGGCCCGGUUUAUGGUCCGAUUAUCGGUGGCUUUGUAUUCCAAUAUCUGGGUUGGAGAUGGACGAACUGGAUUGUUCUCAUUAUGGGCGGUGUCGUUUUGGCUUUGAUGGUCUGUAUCAAAGAAACGUACGCUCCGCUUAUAUUGAGAAAACGAGCCGAAAAACAACGGAAGGAAACGCAGAAUCCAAAAUGGUGGACUCGUUAUGAUGGUGAAAAGGAUCUCAAGUCAUUGCUUAAAACGAGUCUCAGUCGGCCGUUUAUGAUGAUCAUAACGGAACCAAUAUGUCUAUUCUGGGAUACCUACGUCGCAAUCGUCUACGCCAUCCUCUACCUCUGCUUCGUCGCCUACCCAAUCGCCUUCCACCAAGAACGCGGCUGGUCCCCCGGAACCAGCGGCCUUUCCUUCACCGGCAUAGGAGUCGGCGUCCUAAUCGCCAUCGCCAUGGAGCCCCUCUUCCGCAAAGUCAUCAACCUCCACCGCAAAAGCCCAGAAACCGGCACAGUGCCACCAGAAGCUAUGGUCAGCAUCAUCUGUUUCGGCGCAACGCUUCUAGCAAUCGGCCAGCUGUGGUUCGCCUGGACUUGCACGCCCAAUGUGCACUGGAUUGCGCCCAUUCUGGCGGGCGUUCCCUUUGGCGCUGGGAAUGCGUGCGUCUUUAUCUAUGCGAGUAACUAUAUGGCGCGCUCGUACGGUAUCUAUGCUGCUUCGGCGCUUGCGGGGAAUAUGGUGUUGCGGAGUGUUAUGGGGGCUUGUCUUCCGCUUGCUGGGCCGGAAAUGUAUGCGACGCUUGGGUUGAAUUGGGCGAGUACGCUGCUGGGGAUUGUGGAGGCUGUGUGCAUUUUGAUUCCUGUUGUUUUUUACUUUCAUGGGCAUAAGAUUCGGAAAGCGAGUCCGCUUAUUAGGGAGAUGGAGAUGUUACUGGAAACGUGA